ACCAAAUGAAGAAGAAAAGCACCAAUAACAAUGAAUGAUUGAUAUAAAAACUGAUAAUGUAUAAUUGAGAAAGCAAAUAGAAAAAGAUUGAGAUAGAAUGGGAUUAGGACUGUUUAAGGCGUUAUUUUGUUGUACAACAAAGUCCCAAGACAUUCCCAUUAUAUCCUCAUCACCAGAUUCAUCACCUAAGCAUAAUAGCUAUGGCCACAUACAACCAACAAAUUCAUCUUCUUAUACAAAUAAUUCAAAAAUUGGACCUAUUCUAGGAAAACCAUAUGUUGUGAUAAAUCAAAUAUACGAAAUGAAGAAAGAACUUGGAAGAGGUCAAUCAGGUGUGACAUAUCUAUGUGUAGAGAAGAUAACAGGGAGAGAGUACGCAUGCAAAUCGAUAGCGAGGUCGAAACUGUUGAGCGAACAAGAGAUAGAUGAUGUGAAAAGAGAAGUUAUGAUUCUGCAACAUCUUUCGGGGCAACCAAACAUAGUUGAAUUCAGAGGAGCUUAUGAGGACAAACAGAACGUGUAUUUGGUCAUGGAAUUGUGUAAAGGAGGUGAAUUAUUUGAUACAAUUAUUGCUAAAGGGAAUUACACAGAAUCUGAAGCUGCUAGCAUUAUGAGACAGAUUGUCAAUGUUGUUCAUGUCUGUCAUUUCAUGGGUGUUAUACAUCGUGAUCUUAAGCCUGAGAAUUUCUUGCUUGCUUCACGUCUUCCUAAUUCUGCUCUUAAAGCUACUGAUUUUGGACUCUCCAUUUUCCUUGAAGAAGUCAUAAAACUCAUGUUUUAAUUACCCUUCAAGUCACCAAUUAACCACAAACAUCAUUCAACAAUAUGGGACACUGCUUUAGCAAACCUCAUGACAACAGAGUACCUAUCACAUAUGAAUAUGGCACAACCCCGACAUAGAAAUCAACCUCGAUAUCCACACCAUAAUAUUGCUUCAAAAUCAGCACCAUCUUCAUCUUCAGCUUCAUCAUCGAAUGGGAAUAGAGAUCCACCAAUAUUAGGAAGACCAUACAUUGACAUGAAAGCACUUUAUAAUAUUGGAAAGGAACUAGGAAGAGGUCAAUUUGGAGUCACUUAUCUUUGCACCGAAAAGGCGACAGGAAGGAGGUAUGCUUGUAAAUCCAUUUCGAGGCGAAAGCUUAUAAGAAAGAAGGAAAUUGAGGAUGUUAAGAUGGAAAUUAUGAUCCUUCAACACUUAACAGGACAACCAAACAUAGUUGAAUUCAAGGGUGCUUAUGAAGAUAGAGAGAGUGUGCAUUUGGUGAUGGAGUUGUGUUUGGGUGGUGAGCUUUUUGAUAGGAUCACAGCAAAGGGUAGUUACAGUGAGCGUGAAGCUGCUUCUAUAUUCAGACAAAUAGUGAAUGUGGUUCAUGCUUGUCAUUUUAUGGGGGUCAUGCAUAGAGAUCUCAAGCCUGAGAAUUUCUUGCUUGUUAGUAAGGAUGAUAAGGCUCCUUUGAAAGCCACUGAUUUUGGACAGUCUGUUUUCAUUGAAGAAGGUAAAGUAUAUAAAGAGAUCGUUGGAAGUGCAUAUUAUGUGGCUCCAGAGGUGUUAAAACGGAGUUAUGGAAAGGAGAUCGAUAUAUGGAGUGCAGGAAUCAUUUUAUACAUUCUCCUAAGUGGGGUGCCUCCAUUUUGGGCUGAAACCGAAAAAGGCAUAUUUGAAGCUAUUUUGGGAGGUAAGCUCGAUCUGGAGAUGGCACCAUGGCCUUCUAUUUCAGCUUCUGCAAAAGAUUUGAUCAGGAAAAUGUUGGCUUAUGACCCUAAGAAACGCAUUACAGCUUCUGAUGCACUUGAACACCCAUGGAUGAAGGAAGGUGGUGAGGCAUCAGACAAGCCUUUAGACAAUGCUGUUUUAAUUAGGAUGAAACAGUUCAGAGCAAUGAACAAGAUGAAGAAACUUGCUUUAAAGGUAAUAGCGGAAAACCUUUCAGAUGAGGAAAUAAAGGGCUUGAAACAAAUGUUCAACAAUAUGGAUACUGAUCGAAGCGGUACAAUUACAUAUGAAGAACUAAAAUCUGGACUGUCCAAAUUGGGAUCCAAGCUAAGUGAAUCUGAAAUAAAGCAGCUAAUGGACGGUGCUGACGUUGACAAGAAUGGAACUAUUGACUACCAUGAAUUCAUUACUGCAACUAUAAACCGGCAUAAACUUGAGAGGGAAGAGAAUUUGUUCAAGGCUUUUCAAUACUUUGACAAGGAUAACAGCGGUUAUGUAACAAGAGAGGAGCUUAGACAAGCUUUGGCUGAAUAUCAAAUGGGAGAUGAGGCUACUAUAGAUGAAGUCAUUGAUGAUGUUGACACUGACAAUGAUGGGAGAAUUAAUUACCAGGAGUUUGUAGCUAUGAUGAAGAAGGGGACCUUGGAUAAUUAUGAGAAAGAGAAACCACGAUAAUUGUGUGAUGUAUUUGUGAAAAAUAACAUUGUCUUUUCUAUAUUUUUCUUGCUGCAUUCUGGUCGAGAUUGAAUCACUUGAAUCGGUCAACGUGUGUAGUAGCCUAAAAUUAUAUGGCACUUGAAAUGCAAAACUUUGUACAGCUAUCUGGUAAAUAAAUUACAUGAUGUACCCAAAGAAUAUGACUUAAAUUCUGAAGUCCAACAAAUAAUUACACUACAAAUUAUGGUGCC